CGGUACGCAACUCUCGCGACUUGAGAACAGAACUCCAAAGAACUAACGGUAGGUCUUCGCAAACUCGUAGGUUCGCCCGUCAAAACGACGCGCGCAACGCGCUCUUCUCCAACUACGAUUCCGCAUCAAAUCGCUCUCGACCCGGUUCCGCUGCCUCGAACCCUCAGCGCUCUUCAAGCAGGAACCCGCCAUAUGCCAGUACAGGCUCACCGUAUGCGCUGAAUGGCGCCGCGAACGAUAAUUUCGCGCCCGCAGGCGGCAAUGUCUAUGGAGCGUAUAAUGCUGGACCGAUGAAUGGAGGGGGCUCUUCGCCGUAUGGGGUUACGGAUAAGAAGAAUGAUGAUGCGCCGGGGUUCAGGUCUGCGACGCCGGAUCGCAAGGGGAGGUAUAGUGAUGCUGUGUUGGAGAGUUUGGAAAGUCAGAAUGAUGAGCAGGCUGGGGAGAUGAGUAAGAAGGUGAAGAUGUUGAAGGAGCUCACGAUGGCGAUUGGAGACGAAAUCCGAGACAGUACGAAACUUGCGGAUUCGAUGAACGAUUCGUUUGAAGGGGCGAGGAAUCGACUGAGGGGGACGAUGAAUAGCAUGUUGAGGAUGGCAGAGCGGACGGGUGUCGGUUGGAAGGUGUGGGUUCUGUUUUUCUUCUUCAUUUGGUGUUUGUUUGCAUAUGUGUGGUUGUUCUAG